AUGAAAGAAGGUGACCAAGGAAAAAAAGUUAUGACUGAAAUUGGUGAAGGAUCGAGUAAUAAGAAAGAGAAAGUUGAUAAAGUAACGAGAGAAGUUCAGAUGGCUCUAAUUACUUUAAAAAACAAUUAUGCUCGAGCUCUUGAACUUUCGGAUGCAGUCUGGAAGUUAGACUUAUUUACGGCCUGUUUAAGCACUUUAUGUAUACUUAUUGGUUAUGUCAUGUUAUUUUUAAAAGAAAAUGUUGUGGAUUUAAAUUAUGUUGUAAGCCUUUCCGUGUCUGCUGGUAGCUUUCUUGUUUCUGGAGGUGGUGCUAUUGCGACUUUUAAAACAAUUUUUGCUUCCAAUCCGAAUUCUGGCAUUGAAAAAGGUGGAGAAAAUGAUAAAAGCUCCAAUUUCGAUCUUGCAGAAUCUGCUACACUGAUUGUGCAAUCCAACUUAAGAGAUAAAGUGUAUGACAUGAUUAGAGAACUAAAAGAAACGAGUCGAAGACUAAGAGGCUUGGAAAUGAAUCAAUCUAUCUGGUUGUUUGGUGGUUGUAUCGUUCUUUUUAUUAUUGCAGGAUAUGAUUUUUUGAAUUUUGUUACUAAACAAUCUAAUGGAACUAUUGUGGAUUUGGUUCUCAUUACUAUUGGUAUUGUUGGGCUAAUAUUUUGUGCAACUGUUGGUCUCGUGCUCCAAGUUGCAAAAGAACGCUUUAUUAAAGAAGGUAAAAAAACAUGGCUUUUUUACUUGGUUUGCCCUUUUAUUUGUUUCUUCGGUCUUGUAAGUAUGAAUAACUGGAAAUUAGAACUAGUAAAUGUUCGCUUUACACGUACGGAAGAAGAAAAGGUUUUAUAUCUUCUUUAUGGUGUAGAGUUUGAUAACAAAGAACUCAAUCCCACCGGAAAGUAA